AUGAUAUGCCUCUUGCUACUCUUGAUCGUAGCUCCCAACGGGUCACCUGAAGAGAUUUCGGAAUUGCCAAAGUGCAAGCAUAUAAAUCCGUAUGAGAAUUUGAAUCAGUGGUUGCAAAUCGAACCGUUGGAGCACAGGAAUUGUAAUUAUACCUCGGGUCCCGAAACGAAAUUGACAGAAGAAGAAAGGGUACAUUGGAAGUUUGGAUUAAAGAGUUUCGCAUUUGACGUUUUGGCCAGUGAUCGCAUCGGUCCCUUACGCAAAGUAGAAUCUCACAGGCACCAAUUAUGUUCAAAAACGGACUUCACGACUAAUUUGAGUGUUUCGAUCAUAAUAAUUCAUCAUAAUGAAGCUCUUUCAGUUCUACUUCGAAUGCUCAUAGGAAUCUUCGAACGAACGCCAUUACAAUUGCUCAAAGAAAUCAUCCUGUAUGAAGAUGCUAGCGAAUCAGAACAUCAAUUGACCUCAUUCUUGAAGCAAGCCAUCGAGCAAAAACAAUGGACGAACGUACGUGUCGAACGGUCUGAUGAACGUCAAGGCUUGAUUCGAGCUAAGGUUUUCGCUUCUCGUCUCGCUACAGCUGAUGUCCUUGUUUUUCUUGAUAGCCACUGUGAGGUAGCGGAUGGAUGGAUUGAACCUCUGUUGGCUCCCAUCCAGGAAGAUCCUAGAUCAGUUGUUGUUCCGAUUGUAGACCUCAUAAAUCCCAUUUCUUUCGAAUAUUCGCAAGCGAUGAUAGCGAAAAGCGGUUUCGAUUGGGCUCUCAACUUCCAAUGGGUCUACCUGCCAUGGGAAUAUUGGGCAGAAGAAGAGAACAACGUGAAACCUUUCAAAUCACCUUCGAUGCCCGGUGGACUUUUCGCCAUCCGCAAGGAUUAUUUCGAACAAUUGGGUGAAUAUGAUGAAGGAUUGGAGAUUUGGGGAGGAGAAAACGUCGAAUUAUCCUUGAAGACAUGGAUGUGUGGUGGAAGAGUUCUUAUAGCUCCAUGUAGUAGAGUUGGUCACGUGUUUCGUAUGCGCAGACCAUACAAAAGUAAGCCGGGAAUGGAUACUAAUUUAUUCAACUCAUUGCGAGUAGCUCGAGCAUGGCUUGAUGAUUACGAGAAAUACUUUAUAAGAGCACGACCUAAUGCAGCUCGUCUUGAUGCUGGCGAUGUGAGCCAUGCGAACAAGAUAAAAGAAGCACUGAAAUGUAAGGAUAUGAAGUGGUUUGUGGAGAAUGUCUAUCCUGAACUAACUCCGAACGACUGGAUAGAGAAGAGAGAGGAGUUAUAG